UAUUUUGACUUUGACUGAAUUAAUUUACAGGAUAUAUUCUAUAAAUCUUAUGUACAGGAUGAGCAGGAGCCAGAAGGUGAAGAUUUAGUUGAUUCUGAAGAGUAUGAUGAAGACGAAGAGGAAGAACGGCGGCGAAAAAAACGCAAAAAAGACAGCCGCUAUGGAGGAUUCAUUAUUGACGAAGCUGAGGUGGAUGAUGAAGUCGACGAAGAUGACGAAUGGGAGGAAGGUGCUCAAGAAAUGGGCAUUGUCGGUAAUGAGGUGGAUGAAAUCGGACCUACUGCUAGAGAAAUAGAAGACAGAGGGCGCAGGAGAGGCGCCAACCUUUGGGAUUCACAGAAAGAGGAGGAGAUCGAAGAAUACCUCAGGAACAAGUAUGCAGACGAAUCUGCUGCCCUCAGGCACUUUGGCGAUGGAGGCGAGGAAAUGUCUGAUGAAAUUACUCAACAGACAUUGUUACCAGGAAUCAAAGAUCCCAAUUUAUGGAUGGUGAAAUGUCGUAUAGGCGAAGAAAAGGCUACAGUUUUAUUACUUAUGAGAAAGUUUAUAGCCUAUCAGUUCUCUGAAGAACCAUUCCAAAUAAAAUCUGUAGUUGCACCAGAAGGUGUUAAAGGCUAUAUUUACAUAGAGGCAUACAAACAAACUCAUGUGAAAAACAUCAUAAACAAUGUGGGCACUCUACGAAUGGGUAUCUGGAAGCAAGACAUGGUACCUAUUAAAGAAAUGACAGAUGUUUUACGAGUCGUCAAAGAGCAGUCUGGUUUAAAACCAAAGCAAUGGGUUAGGUUAAAGAGAGGCUUGUAUAAAGAUGAUAUAGCUCAGGUCGACUACGUGGAUUUGGCCCAAAAUCAAGUUCACCUCAAACUGCUACCUAGAAUAGAUUAUACGCGACUCAGAGGCGCUCUGAGGACGGUUCAAAGCGAAAGUGAGGCUGCCAAAAGAAAAAAGAAGAGACGCCCCGCAGCGAAACCGUUCGACCCAGAAGCUAUUCGGGCGAUCGGGGGAGAAGUUACGUCAGAUGGUGACUUCCUCAUAUUCGAGGGGAAUAGAUAUUCCAGAAAGGGUUUCCUGUAUAAAAAUUUCACCAUGUCAGCGAUUCUCGCCGAGGGCGUGAAACCGACACUGACGGAAUUGGAAAGGUUCGAGGAACAGCCCGAAGGUAUAGACAUCGAACUCGCGGCUCCCGCCAAAGACGACCCGACCAGCCUUCACUCGUUCUCGAUGGGUGACAACGUCGAAGUUUGCUCCGGCGAUUUGGCGAACUUGCAGGCGAGAAUUAUCGCCAUCGACGGCUCCAUGAUCACCGUUAUGCCCAAGCACGACGCGUUGAAAGAUCCGCUCGUGUUCAAGCCGAACGAGUUAAGAAAAUACUUCAAGCAGGGCGACCACGUGAAAGUUCUCGCCGGUCGAUACGAGGGCGACACCGGCCUCAUCGUCCGAGUGGAACCGCAACGCGUCGUCCUGGUGUCCGAUCUCACCAUGCACGAGCUCGAAGUGCUCCCGCGAGACCUGCAGCUGUGCUCCGACAUGGCCACAGGGGUCGAUUCCCUCGGCCAGUUCCAGUGGGGCGACAUGGUCCAGCUCGACCCGCAGACGGUCGGCGUCAUCGUCCGCCUGGAGAAAGAGAAUUUCCACGUUCUCGGUAUGCAGGGCAAAGUGAUAGAGUGCAAGCCGCAGGCGCUGCAGAAGCGCCGGGAGAACAGAUUCACGAAAGCGCUCGACUCCGAGGAGAACACGAUACAGAAGCGCGACAUCGUCAAGGUGAUCGACGGGCCCCACGCCGGCCGGAACGGCGAGAUCAAACACUUGUACAGGAAUUUCGCGUUCCUGCAGUCGCGCAUGUACCUCGACAACGGCGGCGUGUUCGUGUGCAAGACGCGGCACCUUCAGCUCGCGGGCGGCAACCGCGGCGUCGGCGCCGGGCCCGGGGCCGGGCUCGGGUUCAUGUCCCCGCGGAUCCAGUCCCCCGCGCACCCCGGGGGGGCCCGCGGGGGGCACACGCCCCGCGGCAGGGGCGCCGGCCGAGGGGGCGCCUCCCGCGACCGCGACCUCAUCGGCCAGACAAUCAAGAUCACCGGCGGCCCGUACAAGGGCAACGUCGGCAUCAUCAAGGACGCAACCGGCAGCACCGCGCGCGUCGAGCUGCACUCCACCUGCCAGACGAUCUCCGUGGACCGCGGGCACAUCGCGGGCGCGGGGCCCGGCGGCGCGCCCGCCGGCGGCACGUCGUUCCGCACGCCGGGCCGCACGCCCGCCGUCCACGGCGCGGCCACGCCCACGUACCGCGACACGGGCGCGAAGACGCCGAUGCACGGCUCGCAGACGCCGAUCUACGACGCGGGCGGGCGCACGCCGCACUACGGGUCGGCGACGCCGUCGCACGACGGCGGCCGGACGCCGGCGCACGGCGCGUGGGACCCGACGGCGGCCAACACGCCCGCGCGGCCCGACUUCGACUACGGGCUGGACGACUCGCCGGGGCCCGGGUACGAGCCGCCCGCGAGCUACUCGCAGGCGGGCGGGCCGUUCACGCCGCAGACGCCGGGCACGAUGUACGGGUCGGACCACACGUACAGCCCGUACCAGCCGAGCCCGGCGGGGUACCUGGGCACGCCGAGCCCGGUGGGCUACUCGCCGCGGUCGCCGUUCGAGGCGGGCGAGGGGGGCGCGGCGGGCGAGUGGCACACGCCGGACGUGGAGGUGCGCGUGCGCGCGCACGAGGACGCGGCGCUGGCGGGGCAGGCGGGCGUGCUGCGCGGGCUGUCGGCGGGCAUGUGCGCCGUGUACCUGCCGCUCGAGGACCGCGUCGUGAACGUGCUCGCGGACCUGCUCGAGCCCGUCGUGCCGCAGAGCGGGGACAAGGUGAAGGUGAUCGCGGGCGAGGACCGCGAGGCGGUCGGCCAACUCAUCUCCAUAGAGAACCAGGAGGGCGUCGUCAAGUUCGGCACGGACGACAUCAAGAUUAUGCAGCUGCGCCACCUCUGCAAGAUGAGCUCGGGGUGAACGCGACCUUCCGCCCGUUAUCGAAAGGGAACGACCGCUUCGGUGUCGACGCUGACCCGAAAGAUCUUUCGGUUUUGCAAGUUAUAAUUUUCUUUAUUGGACUCCUCGCUUUACCUUGUGGUAAACGGAUGCGCCUCGAAACGUGCGGUACGCCUUUGUAUGUAAGUGAAACUAUAUGAGAUCCAUUAUACCGCUGUAACUGAGAGUAUAGAUAUUUUGAAUAAAUUGUAAUAAUAGUAAUUAAAACGAACUAUAAAUGUAUGUAAAUUGUUUGAUUCCUUCCAGUUAAAAAAGUUAUGUAACUUUUACAAAAAUUCACCUACCUCAACUGGUACUAAAUUUGUAAUAUUCGAGCUGCUUUCGUUAUUUCCUUUAAUCUUAUAUUUUAACGUCGCCGCUCUCAAUACGUUCUUUCUUUAAAAUUAUCUAUUAAACACAUGAUAAACUUCAAAAAUAAAACCUUACUAAAUAAUAUAUUGAUGUAAUUUUAUUUCAUACAACUAGGCAAUUGUUAUUUUCUGAAAAAUAAACUAAGACUACACGAUACUUGUUUUAUUUUUUAAUAAUACAUGUAAUCAAAAUUACUUCUUCAUCUCUGCUUUGAGUUAUAUUGUUACAUUUUUAAUCACUGCAUAUUUUUGUAUGACUUACGGUCUGUUAUACAAACGUCUAUUAGAGCUUAAAAUCAUAUAAUAACGAUUUUAAGCUCUAAUGAAUGUUUUAAAUUUGAAAAAAAUUAUGGGUAAUGUGGAAUUAAACUAAUGUCAAUUUUAAUGAACGUUUGUUUAACUGUUAUUAUAUUUUACCGUUAGUCUGGAAGCAUCACCUACGUGGAUUAAGCUUUUAGGAAGCCAAGUA